UUUGGAGGGUUAUUCUUCACAGCUCGUAUGGGAAGAAGGAAGAAACAGAGGGAAGACGAAGAAGAAGAUAGAGUGUACUAAGGUGCGCUUGUGAAACGGAAAAGGUAAUCACUCUCUAGAUAAUAUUUGAGUUUUCUGGGUAAUUGCAACAGUGAAGAUGUUGAUGGCAAUGUCAAAAUCCAAGGCAAUGGUCAAUCUGGUUCGCCAAUUUACUCAACUAGGAGCAACAAGAGUUCAGACCCUGGCUUCCAGUUACAGUACAUUUACACAAACUCAAAUGUCCGAUACAAGCAAUGUGGGAGAAGUGGCAUUUUUAGGGGGUCAAUGCAACAACCAGCCUAUGUAUCAUGAUUCUGGGAAGGAUGCUGCAAGUGUGCACAAGCACCAAAUAGGGGAGAAUGUGUCAAGGAAGGAUAAGAUCAACUUUCUUGUUACCACAAUUAUAUCACCUAUGCAGCUUCUUGAUCUCAAGGACAGUAAAGAGGCUGUUUACGGUGCUUUGGAUGCUUGGGUUGCAUGGGAGCAGAACUUUCCUAUUGCAUCAUUGAAGAGGGUAUUGAUUACUCUUGAGCAGGAACAACAAUGGCAUAGAGUGAUUCAAGUUGUUAAAUGGAUGCUAAGCAAAGGGCAAGGCACCACAAUGGGAACAUAUGGUCAGUUGAUACGAGCUUUAGAUAUGGACCAUAGAGCAGAAGAAGCACAUGAAUUUUGGGUGAAGAAAAUCGGUACUGAUCUACAUUCAGUGCCUUGGCAUUUAUGCCAUCGUAUGAUAUCUGUAUAUUAUCGGAACAACAUGCUGGAGAAUCUUGUGAAGCUUUUCAAGGGCCUGGAAGCCUUUGAUCGUAAACCUCAAGAUAAAUUAGUGGUGAAGAAAGUGGCAGAUGCGUAUGAGAUGUUAGGUUUACUUGAGGAGAAAGAGAGGAUAUUUGAGAAAUAUGACUAUCUAUUCACCGAGACAGCAGCAGGGAAGCCAAAGAAAUCCAAAAAAUUCUUGUCUGAGAAGAAGAAAUCAGGGCGAAGAAAACCUACAUCAACUCGCGUAGAUCUCACUCUAGCAGAUGGUAUACAAGCAGAGUAGAAGACAAGUGUGAAGAUCUUGAAUGUAUUUUCCAUGGAUAGAAUCGCACAAGUGCUUCUUCAUUCAAAAAGGCUUCAUUACUCACAUGCUUUUGGAUCUCUCUGGUACUACCAGAUGCCAAAUGUUUCAGGUUUGGGAGCCAAUAGAUUAGAAAGAGAGAGCUGGAGAGGAAGGCAAGGACAUUGCUGAUGCAUCAAUGUUUUUUGGCAUGAUAUGGGUAAUGGUGACAUAUAGGAGUGAAAAGGAACAGCACAGAGAUGUUUUGGCCUUGUUGCAAUCUAUCUGCAUGUAUCUUUAUUUCUUCCUUCUCCAAAUUUUGUACCAUACCAACAAGCAGAAAAUGGCUGGAAAUUUUCUUAUAAUAGAAAGUGUCCAUGUAAAGAAAUAGCUCUUAUUGUGGCUUAUUGAAA